GAGGGCUCGCAGGCGCUGAUAUGUCCGCCAUCUUGGAGCGUCGGUGAUGGUGGCGAGCGGUGGCUUUCCCGCCUGAGCGGAGGCAGCCCGGGGCCUGUGGCGGGGUGACGCUCUUGCCGAGGAAGAAAUCUGCUUCAUCUAAUUCAAUCCUAAUUCAGUCCUGCUAAUCUGCUAAUACUGUAGAUUGAAAGAUUUUUGCUGUUGCCAGGAUACCCUGUAAUGGGCAAGGAGCCUGAGAGUACAAAUUCUGUUUUUUAACUUUUGUUAAAGCUUUUGUUUAACAGGGAACAUGUUUUAAAGUGUUUUGAUUUUGUGCCAGGAAGUGUAUCAGCUGCCCAGCCUCCCAUUCUUUGAAGAGUUUCAAAGCAAAUGUGUUCAUGAAUUGACAUACAUUAGGACCUGGGCUGCUGUUGAAAAGUGAUGGAAUAAUCUCCGGCUGGCACCUGACAUGCUGGGGGAGCAUCCCUAAAAGAGCUUGCCUGGGAGACAGUUUGGGAAAUAACGCAGUGACAUGUUUGCAGUAACCAGCAUGUUUUGGAAAUUUGAUCUCCAUUCGUCAUCCCACAUAGAUACACUUCUAGAGAGAGAAGAUGUAACACUGAAGGAGUUGAUGGAUGAGGAGGACGUCCUGCAGGAGUGCAAGGCUCAGAAUCGCAAACUUAUCGAGUUUCUGUUGAAGUCAGAAUGCUUGGAAGACUUGGUUUCAUUCAUUAUCGAAGAACCACCUCAAGACAUGGAUGAAAAAAUACGAUACAAAUAUCCAAACAUAUCCUGUGAGCUGCUCACUUCAGAUGUCUCACAGAUCAAUGAUAGGCUGGGAGAAGAAGAAUCCUUACUUAUGAAACUGUACAGCUUUCUCUUAAACGAAUCUCCUCUAAACCCUUUACUUGCCAGUUUCUUCAGCAAGGUGCUAAGUAUUCUCAUAAGCAGAAAACCAGAACAGAUUGUGGACUUUUUAAAGAAGAAACAUGAUUUUGUAGACCUUGUUAUUAAGCACAUAGGGACCUCUGCUAUCAUGGACUUGCUGCUCAGGCUACUGACUUGCAUAGAGCCUCCACAGCCCAGGCAAGAAGUGUUGAAUUGGCUAAAUGAAGAGAGGAUUAUUCAGCGGCUUGUAGAAAUUGUACAUCCAUCUCAAGAUGAAGAUAGACAUUCAAAUGCAUCGCAGUCACUCUGUGAAAUUAUUCGUUUAAGCAGAGAUCAGAUGUUACAAGUGCAGAACAGCUCAGAACCAGAUCCCCUGCUUGCAAGUCUAGAGAAACGAGAAAUCAUUGAGCAGCUGCUGUCUAAUAUUUUUCAUAAAGAAAAAAAUGAAUCUGCAAUAGUCAGUGCAAUCCAAAUAUUACUGACCUUGCUUGAGACAAGACGACAGACAUUUGAAGGCCAUAUAGAGAUCUGUCCUCCAGGCAUGAGCAAUUCAACGUAUUCUGUCAAUAAAAGUGUUCUAGAAGCCAUAAAAGCACGACUUUCAUCCUUCCAUGAACUCCUACUUGAGCCUCCAAAAAAAAGUGUCAUGAAGACAACGUGGGGUGUAUUGGAUCCACCUGUGGGGAACACACGUUUAAAUGUGAUUAGAUUAAUAUCUAGCCUUCUACAGACAAAUACAAGCAGCGUGAAUCAGGAGCUUAUAGAACUAAACAGCAUAGGAGUUAUACUGGACAUGUUCUUUAAGUAUACGUGGAAUAACUUUUUGCAUACUCAAGUAGAAAUCUGUAUUGCAUUGAUUCUUGCAAGUCCUCUUGAAAGCACAGAAAAUGGCACAAUUACAGAUCAGGAUUCCACUGGGGACAAUCUUUUAUUGAAACAUCUCUUCCUUAAGUGCCAAUUAAUAGAACGAAUACUUGAAGCAUGGGAGAUGAAUGAGAAGAAGCAGGCUGAAGGAGGAAGACGGCAUGGCUAUAUGGGUCAUCUGACAAGGAUAGCCAACUGUAUUGUGCAUAGUACAGAUAAGGGCCCUAACAGCACGUUAGUCCAGCAGCUUAUCAAAGAGCUUCCAGAGGAGGUCAGAGAGCGGUGGGAGACAUUCUGUACGAGCUCUUUAGGAGAAACUAACAAAAGGAAUACGGUGGAUCUUGUCACUACCUGCCACAUUCAUUCUUCCAGUGACGAUGAGAUUGACUUCAAAGAAACUGGCUUCUCACAGGAUUCUUCUUUGCAGCAAGCCUUUUCUGAUUAUCAGAUGCAACAAAUGACGUCCAAUUUUAUUGACCAGUUUGGCUUCAACGAUGAGAAGUUUGCUGAUCAAGAUGACAUCGGCAAUGUUUCUUUUGAUCGGGUCUCAGACAUCAACUUUACCCUCAAUACAAAUGAAAGUGGCAAUAUAGCAUUGUUUGAGGCAUGCUGUAAGGAGCGGAUACAGCAGUUUGAUGAUGGUGGUUCUGAUGAAGAAGACAUCUGGGAAGAAAAACAUAUUGCAUUCACACCAGAGUCCCAGAGACGUUCCAGUUCGGGCAGUACGGACAGUGAAGAAAGUACUGACUCUGAAGAAGAGGAUGGAACAAAGCAAGAUUUGUUUGAAUCGCAUGCCAAUACGGAGGACAAAAUGGAAGUAGACUUAAAUGAACCACCAAAUUGGUCGGCUAACUUUGAUGUGCCCAUGGAGACUGCGCAUGGUACCAAUCUGGAUUCUGUUGGGUCUGAUGUGUGGAGUACAGAAGAACCUAUGCCAGCCAAAGAAACUGGCUGGGCUUCUUUUUCAGAGUUCACAUCCUCUUUGAGCUCGACAGAUUCCUUAAGAAGUAAUUCUCCCGUGGAAAUGGAAACAAACACAGAGCCAAUGGAUCCCUUGAGUGCAAAUGCAGCUGGUCUUCCAACACAGCUGGAAACCCCAGGAAGUGUUGCUAUGGAGGCCAGCUCAGAUGGAGAAGAGGAUGGAGAAAAUGCAGACAAGGUAACAGAAACAGUAAUGAAUGGCAGCAUGAAGGAGACGCUGAGCCUUACUGUAGAUGCUAAAACUGAAACGGCUGUUUUCAAAAGUGAGGAAGGAAAAUUGUCUACCUCGCAGGAUGCUUCUUGUAAAUAUGUGGUAGAGGAGAACGCAGAGGUUGCGGAAGAGGCUCCUUCAGCUUUGCAGCCCACUAACAGCAGUCCAGAACAGAGGACUGAUCAACGCACCCUUUUAGGAGAGGCAUCUGUUAAUGGCCCUGUAUGAUAUGUGAUGUCUGCUGCCUUGGCUGAAGAAAAUGAACUGAUACCCGGGGGUUUGAGCGUUUCUUGAGGAUUUCAUCUAGAGCCUGUUGAAGCCAGUUACUGCUGCACUAAUUUUGCAAGGGAUCAGGACCAGCAACAUUUAUAUUCUAGAUUUUAAGACAUUGUACAGAAAUUCAUAAGUGUAAAAAUAUUGCACAUUGAGAAAUACCAAUAAUUUUUGCGUAUGUUUAUAUUGUAUUGUUCUAAUUAACGGGUGGCCUGUGAAAUAAGAUCCUGCCACCCAUGUAAUGAUGACAGUAGUGUUACUAUAGUUAAAAAUGGCUGUAAGAAUAGUUUUAUAAAAAAAAAAAAAGUGAAUACACAAAUCUAAUGUAUUUGAGACAUAACUAUUUGAUGAUUAGUGUGACCAAAGUAUUUAGCAGUUUUUCAUACAUUUUUCACCUUGUAAAAAGAAGGAAAAAAAAAAAAAAAACCAACCAAAAAAAAAAAAAAAAAAAAAAACCCCACACCUGAAAUUCAUGUUUCUUCCAGGUUGGCGAAGAAUUGUAGAACUGAAAUGCCCUAUAAACGUUAUUUUGGUUGUUUUAGCUUACAGAAGUGAUUUAAAUGAGAAUUUUGGUGUUCAACAUUUUACAGCAGGUUUUUUUAAUUGGUAAUUGUUUUCUGUAUUGUUUAAGACAGAUCAAAAAUGUAAGUCUAUUGGUAGAGAUUUUAAGUAUUUAUUGCUACGACUUAGUUGACAAAUUGAUGUUACUGUAAAGCCAUAUGUUCUGUUAAGUCUUGUUUGCUUGAAACAAUACCUUACAGGUGAAACACUAGGAUAUUUGAGGUGCACAUGGCUUGUUGUGUUAAGUGAUUCACCUGCCUUUUAACCCGUUCACCAAGAUUGACUUUAAUCCCCAGCAUUACACGACGGAACAUUUCAGAACAAUCUGCGUAUUUAAAACGCUGUAAUCCUCUUAGACAAGUCCAGUACAUGAAAUGCCCGUGCUGCUAAUGUAAUUACAGUACACGCAUUUUAAAAGUAUAUAGUGUUCUUUUAAUACCCAUUUUGGCAGCAGAGCAUGUUAAUUGUUACUUUCACUGUACUGAUCUGUGUGAGGCUUUCAUUUGUAUGUUCUAAACCAGUUUUUUUUCGCAGCUGGUUUGUGUAUAUAUAUAUAGUGAUUAUGGAAACUAAUUCUGUGUAAUUUAUAAUUUUCUAUGUCAGUGUACAAUUCCAACAGCCUUCUCAAACAAACGGAAGCAAUAUUCUGUAUAUUGCCACAUUGUCUGGUGAAAGGGUUAAAGUACUUCACCUCCUGCACUUUUAGAUGCAAAUCCAUUUUUAUUUCUGUAAUAAUUAUAUUCAUUUAUUUUUACAUCCUUUGUUUUCCUGACCAGUAUUUAAAGCCAAAAGGAUACUCUAAACAAUGGCCAAUGAUUUAUUUUAGAAAGCGUCCCAAGCAACGUGCCUAAACAUUACAUUGCAUACAGAAAUAAAAAAAAAAAAAAGGAAAAAAGUCCAAUGGCAUUGCACUUACUGCUUCCUGUCUUGCAUUUUCCUCAGAAGAUUUUAGUAGCAACUUGUUGCAAACUCAUCAGCUGUGUGAAAAUGGAGAAAGAAAACAUUAUGAUAGAAGGACUUGGAAACUAUAGUUGCCUUUCUAUUUGUACCUUAUAAAUGAUGGAAUUGGGUCCGUUUAUGUUGUUUAAUUGCAGAAUUGCUUCCAGAUGCACCUUUUCUGAAAGUGUUAUCUAUUAAUGGUGAGGUUGGCAGUUGUCCUUUCAUCACUUUCUUAUCUGUUUUGGAAACAGAAGUGUUCACUUCAGUGCAGGAAUUGCAGUGCAGCUGUAAAUCCCUCGUGCAGGAGAGCAGUGUGGUGUCUCCUCCUGUCCUUUCCAGUGAAGUGAUUUGUCCCUCGCUAGCAAGGUGCCGUCACUUCUUACGUAGCCAGGAGGAGUGAAGGUGGUACUGACAGUGUCAGUCAUUAACUGUAUUUCAGCCCUGCUGCCUGCAGUUCAGCCAAACCUUGUAGUUUGUCCUUCCUUCUGAUAGUGAACUGAUGUGACAGUUUGCUACUUAGUUCAUUCAGGAGAUCAAAAUUGAAAAGGAGUGUUCUGUCUCCUUUCCCUCCAUUCCUACCAUGUGCUUUCAGGUGAGUAGAGAUGUGAUGGUGGUAAAUGCAGAUUGCUCCGUCAGCGUAGUCUGCCUUCUGUCUAAAAGGUGUGCUAGAGAGAAGGUAAGCCAACCUACUUUAUGCUGAUUCUAGUGGUCUGAUUCUGAGCUACUGCACUUGCUGUUAAGUUGGGAGGUAUGUUAAACCUGGGAUUUAAACUAGAUUCGAUGUAGCGAGCUUGUUCUGAGGUCUGUGGUAUGUUUUGCCCACAAGUAUAUCACUUGUACUGGAAACCCUGAACUUGAAGGGAAAGCUUUGGCAGUAAAGGGAAAUCCUGCAUCAUCUCAAUGGCUCUGUUACCCAAUCUGUUCAAUCAAAUUUGACUUGACGGAGUAACGUCCAGUACCUCUGUAUGGGCUUGACUUCCUGCAGUUCUGCAGUAUCCAGUAGCAGUUAGCCAGUCGUAGCAAGCUUACUGCAACCUUGUUCUGAACGCCACGGUGCUUGUGGCAAUGACUGCAGGUGCAGUCACUGAAAACGGGGGUACUGUGGCAUAUGAAAGGACUUCUACAGGCAUUGCCAGACCAGCAGUAUGUGCAGUAGCUCCCAGCCCUGUCAGACCUGUCUCCGUUACCUGGUAGAAUGGAUGAAUCUCGCCACCUUGAUUGGUUACAUCAGUGCAAACCUUUGUUAAAAGUAUAAGCCGUGUCUGAAGUUUUUCAGCAAGGGUAUUCCAUUGAAAUAAAGGUAUAAGCUUGAUUAAUAAUAUGAUGCCGUCUGUUGAGUGAGUUGACAGGUAUUCACUGACAGCAGGACAGCUGAAGUAAUCUCAUUAAGUCCUUGUAAAUUCAACUCAUUUUAACCAUGCUUUGGAGUGGAGUUUCGGCUAGUAAGCUUUUGUCUUUGCCUCUCAAACUGUUCUGCAUUGUCAGCUGCACGCUGUGAAAGCUCACGGUGACGUUCCCAUGAGGAGGUAAGAAAGACGUAGGAAGAUAAAUUUUUCAUAAUGAACUUAUGUUCCUGUUGAAAUUAGUUUUAAUUUCCUUGAAGAUUACUUUGUUUUGACAUAUACUUUAUACAGUUAGGAAGUAUUUACUGUAUAUAACUGGCUGUUAAUAUACUUCAACAUCACCUCUGGCCAGUAGUGCAAUGCAGUAUGAGCGCUUCAGGCUCUACUGCAGACGUGUGCGUUGUUUCUCAAAAUCAGAAUGGAAAUUCAAAGAGAAUGUGGGAGCAAGCAGCUUUUUUUUUAACGUUCUGUCUUAUUUUUUGCAUCUUAUUUUCUAUCAAAUAAGGCACUGACAUCCUUCUGUGCCAUUAUUGUUGGAAUUAAGGUUACGGUAUGGAGAAAGCAUAAGCCCAUAGAAUUAAAAACAUUCUUAGCAUAAAAAUAGAAGCAUUCAACUUGUCUUUGUGACAUCACGGGAAGUCCCACCGUAAUUCUUCCUCUUCUGCUACAGGCUAAAGCAGUGAGGAGAACUGUGCUCAGCUAGUAGUAUUUUUCAACAUUUCUCUCUCCUGUAGAUGAGUCAGGGUUACUGUCUGAUGCAUUUCUUUCUCUCUGAAUCAGCAGGUACUGAGCAACAUGAGCUCAGAUUACCUUUAGUCCGACAGCCUGGCCUUAGCUAAAAUAAUGUAAUCCUGAUUCCAAGACCUCCUUCAAGAGGAGUGUUCUCAUUUCUCAUUUCUUAUUUCCUAUGAGUGCUGGUGGGUGCCUUUUCUGCGAUCUGUGUUCUCUGCAUCUUGAAAUUCGGAUACUGAAGACUCUUAACAUAAAUCACGAUUAUCUGUUCUGCAUGUGAUGUGCAGUCACCUGAACCUUGUCUAGCUGCUGAGUCAGGUUUCUCAGAUGCAGCUUGCCCAAUCGCUCAGACUGAGCUGCCUGUCUCACUGUUUUAGUCUGAAUGAUCACAUUGGUGGUUGAUUCUCAAGGAAGUCGUAGUGUUGCCUCGUCUUUCUCAAAAGGAACCUGAACCUCUUAUUUACAGGAUGUGUGACUUUUUCUGCUUUUGCUGAUUGGAAGAAAUGCACGUGACUAAUGGUAGGUUCUUCCCUUCCCCUUUUUAUCUAAGCCAGUUUUCUGUUAGAGGCCACAAUUUCAUUUUGGGUAGUAGGUUAACCUGGUUCAUCUGCUGAGGUCCUGAAGCUUGAUGAUGUAUACCUGACAAAUAAAACCUGUUGUUCCUUGUGCCAAACAAAAAUGAGUGGUGGGAAAAUCACUCAUUGUUGUUGUUUUUCGUACUGGAAGAUCUGAAGUGUUGACUGUCAUCUAAUGGUUCCUGUAUCAGACAAUGAGAUGAAAUAGCUAACAUAAGCCCAGAGGCCGUGUCUGCUGAGAUUGAGGUGACCUUGUUUCUCCAGAGCUCUGUAUCAAUUACGUGUCCUUAUAAAGACGCUUAUUAAUCACUUGCUAAUGCUGCUUGGUUUAAAAGAUUAUUUAAAAAAAAAAAAAGGAUGAAGGUGGUUAUUCUGUAUUCCCUGCUAGACCAUCAUUGAGAUGUGCUUUCAAAUGAGGAGAGUUUACUGGAGAACAGAAGAGUUCUGCUCUGGAGUGAGCCGUACAGGACUUGUGCAUGUUGGUCAGCCAACAUUCAAAAUGGAAGGGGUUAUAAAGAGGAGUUUGGGGAUGUUGAUGUAUCUACAGAAUCACAUCCUUCCAUUUUGCUGUAGUUUCCUCAGAAUUAAGAAGCUUGAGCAGCUAAAGGGCAAACUGAGUGUGCAGCUUUUUUUUUUUUAAUGCUGGCACUGGUAUGUCUGGUUUAAAGUACUCUAAAGACAAUUCUCUGUACUUGUGAUGUGGAAGCUGACAUCAAGUUAGUUGUUGUUAUUUACCCAAUUCAUGCAAUAUACCCCAGCACAUCAGAGAACUUUUAGUCUGUGUACAUGGAGAUACACGCACAUGUGUGAGUAAAGUACAUUUUCUUAUGCAGCCAGGUGCCAUGUAAGUGGUGCAUAUCCUAAAUGCACUCAGCUCUACAAUCCUAGGAGGAAGAGACACUUGUGCAUAUGAUUCAGCCCAUACUGAAGUACUUCAGUAAUACAAAAUGUUCUUUAGCUUCUGUCCCUGCAAAUGUUGACACUUGUGUUGGUGUCUGGCCAGCACGGCUGUAAUUGGAUUUGGGGAAGAGGAGGAACUGAUGCCUCCAGUUUUUGAGGCCCAACUUCAACUUUCAUCAAAGAGGGUCCUGCUGUGCUUUCUGUAGGCAUGAAAUACUUGAGCCUUUUUCUUCAUGUGUUUAUGGCUUCUCAGAAACUUAGGUAAGAGAUGGGAUUUCCAGUAUUGGUGACUGAAUCAUCAUGUUGACUUCAUCUAUAAACUUGUACUGGUGCUGUUAAUCUAUUGACAGUUAUGCUUCUGUUCAUGACACGUUGGUGGGAUGAUUGAUUUAGCUCUUCCAACAGCUGCCACCAGCAAUUCACAAACAGGUUUACUGUGUGGCUUUGAAUUUGGUAUUGCACAGAUAUGAACUGUUCUAGCACUCUGUAUGGGAAAGGCAGGGUCUCUGUGGUAUAACAAACUUCCACAUGGCUAAGGAAUAUCUAAUGCAAUCCAAAGGAAGUUAACUCACCUGAGUUGUUGCCUGCUGAUCUUUAGGAGUGUUCUUACUCCGUUACAGUGACUUCUAGCUGUUCGUGCAGAUGACACACUGGGCCUUUGCCAUCGUGGUAUGAAUCUGUGCAAGGACUGCUUGCUGCUGCCUUGCCAUUUGUAGUGGCUGUAGAUGAAACUGAUAAAACAUUGCAGUAAAUAGCAGAGUACCUAAACACUGAAACAAACUUGCUCCUGCAAGAAAUGAAGGAGAGGCAGCACUUGCUAUGUCAGUACUGCCCAAUGCUGCUCAUGGUAAAAGAGCCUUCUUUCCCUUCUGUGUAAGAGCUUGAUCCUUAAUUUCUUGCAGGACAUAAGAGAGCAGUGCUAGAGAUAAGAUUUUUCUACACUCUAAAGAAAAUAAUUACACUUGGGAGGACAGAUAAGCUGAUUCCAGCUUCUAAUUACUCUUCCACUACGAGUAGCUCUGGCUUUUAUGGCAUUGAGCAGUCUGGGUAAUGUUGUUUUAGGCACACUCUUUUACUUUCAAGGUGUGGCAGAAGUUAGAUUCAGGACCGUGCUGUACAAUCAAAACAUGGAAUUUCACUUCGUUCUUCCUGCUUUAUGAGCCAGUACUUUGCCUCUGGCUGUAGAGGGAGAGCAUUAAUUUUAUUGACUGACUAUUUUUAAUAGUUCUGGGUAAAAUACUGUUCUGAUAGCAAUUGAAAAAGCACACUGUGUCAGUAUUCUUAGUUUGGUAUCGGUGCGAUGUAUUACAUAAAUCAAGGGGGCACAUGUAAUGAAUAAUAAGUGAGCCAUUGUUACGUGUAUCUGAAG